UUCCUUGGAGCAGGGGCAGAGGGUGCAGGCGGUGGAGCGUGCCCAAGAUGCCCUCUCCUGUGGAACAGGCAGUGAAGAGAUGCUGUUGAGCCGUUGUCGUUUCCAAGGUGUGGGAACAGUCGCUGCACCUCCAAUCCAGGGUCCCUUUUCCUUGGAGGAGGUGUCCCUCUCUUUCACGGAGGCAGAGUGGGCCCUGCUGGAUCCGGGACAAAGAGCUCUGUACAGGGAAGUCAUGCUAGAGAACUUUGGGAACGUGGCCUCUCUGGGAAGUAGGGAGAGGAGGAGUCAGCGGCAGCAGGGCCGCCCUUUCAGGAUGCUGGUCCUGGCAGAUUGUGAGCGCAGCCCGGCGGAACGGUUUUACCUGCUGAUCAAAAUAAAGAGAGAGGAGAAACCCUCUGAAUACUCAGGGACCAGAUAUAAAUUCAGUCUCAUUAGUAAUAUCCAACAGCAUCAAAAAGCCCACACAGGGGAAAAACCUUUUGAAUGCUCACAGUGUGGAAAGAGAUUCAGUCGGAGUGGCCAUCUUCAAACACAUCAGAGAACCCACACAGGGGAGAAGCCUUUUGAAUGCUCAGUGUGUGGAAAGAGAUUUAGUACGAAUGGCAGUCUUCAAAUGCAUCAGAGAACCUACACAGGGGAGAAGCCUUUUAAAUGCUCAGUGUGUGGAAAGAGAUUCAGUCGGAGUGGCCAUCUUCAAAAGCAUCAGAGAACCCACACAGGGGAGAAACCUUUUGAAUGCUCAGAGUGUGGAAAGAGAUUCAGUCAGAGUGGCAAUCUUCAAGAGCAUCAGAGAACCCACACAGGGGAGAAACCUUUUGAAUGCUCAGAGUGUGGAAAGAGAUUCAGUCGGCGUGGCCAUCUUCAACAGCAUCAGAGAACCCACACAGGGGAGAAACCUUUUGAAUGCUCAGAGUGUGGGAAGAGAUUCAGUUGGUAUGGCAAUCUUCAAACGCAUCAGAGUACCCACACAGGGGAGAAACCUUUUGAAUGCUCAGAGUGUGGAAAGAGAUUCAGUUGGAGUGGCCAACUUCAAAAGCAUCAGAGAACCCACACAGGGGAGAAACCUUUUGAAUGCUCAGAGUGUGGGAAGAGAUUCAGUCAGAGUGGCCAUCUUCAAAUGCAUCAGAGAACCCACACAGGGGAGAAGCCUUUUGAAUGCUUUGAGUGUGGAAAGAGAUUCCGUUCGACCGGACAUCUUCAAAAGCAUCAGAGAACCCACACAGGGGAGAAACCUUUUGAAUGCUCAGAGUGUGGAAAGAGAUUCAGUUGGAGUGGCCAACUUCAAAAGCAUCAGAGAACCCACACAGGGGAGAAACCUUUUGAAUGCUCAGAGUGUGGGAAGAGAUUCAGUCAGAGUGGCCAUCUUCAAAUGCAUCAGAGAACCCACACAGGGGAGAAGCCUUUUGAAUGCUUUGAGUGUGGGAAGAGAUUCAGUCGGAGUGGCAGUCUUCAAAAGCAUCAGAGAACCCACACAGGGGAGAAGCCUUUUGAAUGCUUUGAGUGUGGAAAGAGAUUUAUUAAAAGUGGCAGUCUUCAAGAGCAUCAGAGAACCCACACAGGAGAAAAGCCUUUUGAAUGCUCAGAUUGUGGAAAGAGAUUUAGUACGAAUGGCAGUCUUCAACAGCAUCGGAGAACCCACACAGGGGAGAAGCCUUUUGAACGCUCAGAGUGUGGAAAGAGAUUUAGUACCAGUGGCAGUCUUCAAUGUCAUCAGAGAACCCACACAGGGGAGAAGCCUUUUGAAUGCUCAGCGUGUGGAAAGAGAUUCAGUCGGAGUGGCAAUCUUCAAAGGCAUCAGAGAACCCACGCAGGGGAGAAACCUUUUGAAUGA